AUGUCUAGACAUAGAGCAAUUCGAAACCUUGACGUCAAUGACGUUCUUGAUGAGGAUGAUUAUGAAAGUUCUUUUGAAGAAGAAGAAGUACAAGACGAAUUCGACGAGUCUCAGCUUACAAACGAAGAUCUUGAUUUGUUGUAUGAAGGAUUAGACUAUAUACAUGAUGCCGUUGGUAAAAAUGACGUGCUGAGCGAUCGUCAGAUCAAAGAAACUCUGUGGUACUAUUAUUUUAAUAAGGAAGAUACACUGGACUGGGCUUUGGGUAUUUAUGACAUUUAA